AUGGCUCACAGUCAACAAUAUGGUAUCAAUACUACUAAAACAAAGAAAUUAUUGAUUGGAACAGUGCAAAAACUUCGUCAUUCUGACAAAGAUGAAUUAGAUCUCUACCUGAAUGGAACUAAGCUCGGUGAGAUCAAAAACGAAAAGCUUUUGGGAAUCAAACUUGAUAAACAUUUAAAAUUGGCGAAACACAUUGAGUAUUUGAUUAGAAAACUAAACUCUAGAAUUUGUCUCCUGAAAAGGGCGAAAGAACAUCUAACAAUUCACUGUAGAAAGUUACUCUACAAUGCGAUUAUAAAACCUAUCCUAGAGUAUUGCUGUACUGUUUGGGGCAAUUGCUCCAAAGAACAACUCAUCAGAUUAUUGAAAAUCCAAAAACGAUGUGCAAGACUGAUACUCAAUGCUAAUUUCCGCGAUAACUCUGUCAAACUAUUUACAGAAUUAUAG